CCUAUAUAGCCUCAGCUACUAGGCUGUGGAUGCAAACCUAUUAAGAAUCUCCCUGUGUGUCGACUGCUUGGACAGUUGAGUAAAGAGAUGUCCCAGCCUCAGAAUGCACCAAUUAAGAAGAAGAGGCCACCGGUGAAGGAAGAAGAUCUUAAAGGGGCAAAAACUAAGCUCAGCCACCAAACUCCUCUCCGGUCAAAGACGUAUCAGGUUAUGAAGGAGUGUGAACAAGCUGGGUCUGCGGCACCUUCUGUGUUCAGCCAGGUCCGGACAGGAGGGGAAACGGCCUUUGAGAAACCCAAGGAAGGCCCGGCAAAAAGUGUUUUUGGCUAAUUUGACACAAAGAA